AUGGAGACUGAGCACUAUGAGGGGGAGCGACCGGCUCCAUUCAAGCUUGAGCGCUUUUUUGGCAAGUACGAGUUCAACGCGCCGCAUCUCCUGUGCUGCAGCGACUGCGAGCCCCUCACGAUGCGAGAGCUGCUAGAGCUUGCUGAUGAGGGGGCACGCCAGAGGUGGGAGGGCCUGCGGCUGUCAUACACAGAGACCACAGGCCUGGCGCCCCUGAGGGAGGCGAUCGCGGAUCUGUAUGGCGGCGCGAUCUCGCCUGAGCAGCUGUUGGUCUGCGCACCCGAGGAAGGGGUGUACCUGACGAUGCAGGCGCUACUGAAGCCAGGAGACCGGGUGGUCUGUGCCUACCCCGCCUACCAGUCCCUCUACGAGCUCGCCCUCUCCAGGGGCUGCACCCUCGACUUCUGGGAGCCCUCCUGGGACGCAGCUGCCGGGAAGCUGCGCUUCGACCCCUCGCGCCUCGAGGAGCUGGUGUCGGGCGGCGGCGGCGCUGGCGGCGGCGACAGCGCCAUGAGCGACGGCGGCGGGGCGGCGGAAGUCGGGGAGGCGGUGAAGCGGCCGAGGCUGGUGGUGGUGAAUUGGCCGCACAACCCGACGGGCGCGACGCUGAGCCGGGCCGAUCAGGGCCGAGUUGUCGAGGCGUGCAGGGCGGCGGGCUCCUAUCUCUUCAGCGACGAGAUGUACUGGCGGUCGGAGCCGGACGAGUCCGUCCGCCUUCCGCCCGCAGUGACGCUCUACGACAAGGCGAUCACCCUCUGCGGCCUGUCGAAAUCCUGGUGCCUGCCCGGCCUGCGGAUCGGCUGGGUGGCCAGCCAAGACGCGGCGCUGCUUGAGCGAGUGGCGGCGCUCAAGGACUACACCACAAUCUGCAGCUCGGCGCCGUCAGAGGUCCUGGCCCUCAUCGCGGUCAAGGCUACCGAGCACAUCACAAAGCGGGCGCGCGGAAUCGUCGCGGAAAACACGGCGGAGGCGGCGGCCUUUUUCGGGCGCUGGGAGCACGUGUUCGACUGGGCGCCGCCAGACGCGGGGCCGAUCGCGUUCCCCAGGCGAGCGGGCUCGGCUGGCCGCGCGAUGCGCCGCCGGACAGCGGGCGUGCUCACAAAGGCGCGGGGCAUCGACGACUUCUGCCAGCGGCUCGUGGACGAGGCGGGGGUGCUGCUGCUGCCAGCCAGCGUCUACGACCACCAGCCUUCAACAGACAGGGGCCACUUCAGGUUUGGUCUGGGCCGGCUGUCAAAUCUGGACGCCCUCCGCCAUUUCGAGGCCUUCUUGAUGCGACACUUUGGUGGCCUCGUGCUCUGA